AGCUCAUCGCUUCCGGUUCACUCUUAGCCAGUCGGAAGGGCGAAGCAAGUUGUUUUUUAGCCAUACAGCCGUCUUCGGACAUGUCUCAUGUAUUGAGGACACUUGUCUCUGGAGUGUUCAGCGUGCAGAGAUCUGUGAGUGUCCUGCGUCCCGUGAGCGUAGGGAAGAUCCGAGGACAACAGCGCAGCCGCAGCGACGCAGUGAAGGACAGCCAGAGCCAGCCGUUUGAUGAGUCUCUGCUUGAGUUUCUUGUGUGUCCGCUGUCCAAAAAACCCCUGAGGUACGACGAAAGGAGCAACGAAUUAAUAAACGAAGAGCUUGGUAUCGCAUAUCCAAUCAUUGAUGGUAUUCCUAACAUGAUCCCACAAGAUGCAAGAAUGAUCCAUAAGAGCGGAGCGACUGAAAAACCCACUGAAUCUUGA